AAACGUAUUCAAACGCGCUAGCAGUGAAAACGUUGUUGCAUUAAAUGUGAAUACCACAAGAGAGUGAAAAAGAGAAAAUAUUUAUAUUUAUCAAACGAGUGAAUGAAUAAAAAGGAUAACAAAAUGGAAAUUAUAAAAAAGAAAAAAUAAAUAAAAACAGCCCAGUGCUUUAAGGUGCAGUAGAGGCGAAUGAGGCCCCUCUUUAAAAAAAAACACAACAGAAAGCAAUCUGUCAGAAAGUGAGAAAAAAGUAAUGGAAACACAAAAUUAUUAGCUUGGCCAAAAAUUGAUUAAAUAAAAAGUGAAACUAAUUCUUUAAAACCAAACAAAAAAAAACAUUAAAAGAGAGUUUAAACGAAAUAAUAAACUUCUGCCACAACAGUUCUCACCAACGAAAGUGUAAAACAAUAAAAGGAAGAUUGCUAACAUAACCGGAAGUCGUGUUUUGAAAACGUAAAAGUAACGGUGAAUGUCAUAUAUAACCUAAUGACAAAUAGCUUCAGUGUGUGUGCGCGCUUAUGUUAUUCGCUUUAAACCCAAUUUUAAUCAAUUCAGCAGUCUUUAGUAUUUGUAAACAGAAGACGAUAAUUUUUCAGAUUGAAGGAAAUAAACGCAAACAUGUUCCGCUUAACUAGCUCCAGGAAAUAGUAGAGCGUUGCGUUCCAAAAACAAUUACUUGAAUCAACAAUUAACUAAAUACCAUGUAACAAAAAUACAAAAAAAAAAACAAAAUAAAAAAAUAAACAUAAAACUAUUUGAGUAUAACCUGUAUCAUCAAAAUACAAAAUAAAAUUGAGUUGACAUUUUCAAUGUUGUUAUUGACUUGUUAUAUUUUUUGAGAAACUAAUAAGCAAGCUAACGAACAAAUACUUUAUUCAUAUGUAUAUGUACAUGUAUGUAUGCCACCAAAACUAUCUGUAUAUGAACAACACAUCUAUCUAUACUACUAUUCUUACCCUAAAAACAGACAUUCCAGAACCAACCUAUCAACCAUACUGCAUUACUUGCUUAGUAUGCAAUGCCACCUUCCUAUCCUGCCACUCUCGUCAAUAUUUGUUUCUACUGACAACUCCAACAACAACAACUCCAUAACUAACAACUACAGCUACAAUAACCAAUCAAACACCACUGUAUUGUAUUCUUAUCAACUUCUCCUAGUUGUGUUUGUGUUUCUUUGUGAAUGCCUUCUGUUUUUUUGUGUGCGUGAGAGUGUUUGUCUCUGUAUUUGAAAAAGAAAAAUCGAAAUAGCCAAGAAAGGACACAGCUUAAAUAUUAAUUGCAUACAUCUCUGCAAUUCCCUGAUGUCCUUUGUCCCUUAACAAUUAUUCAAAUUAUAUCCUUAAUAUUUUUAAAACUUUUCCCGAAAUAUAAACAAACAAAAAACAAUCGUUGUAAAAUUACAAUUAUACCAAAAUCAUCACCACAAAACAAAAAAAAUAACAACAAAACUUUUCUAAAAUAUACACAACAACAAUAACUAUCUAACUAACUUAUCUGCAAUCUCCAAUCGUUACAAUAUUGAGGUUCAUGUUAUCCAGUAAACUUUAAGUUAAUUGACUACAAUAAUGGUCAGCACAAUAUUGACAACAAUUGCUGCUGCUGGACAAACAAAAAGUGGCAUUAACAAUUUGCAUUCAACUGCUCCUGCAACAGCAGCGACUGCUUCACCGGAGAGACGUAAUCAAAAUACGACAAGUGGUACAAGUGAAACUACCAACCGUUCCAUAUAUUAUCAGACUAGCAGAUCGGUAAACUCAUCCUCCUCUGCGUCGUCGGCGGGCCAUAGCAGUCAUCAUCAUCACCAGCAACAGAAUAACUCUUCAGUAUCAUCGCCCAUCUCCAGCAAAGUCAACUCUCGGAAUAGUUCGUAUUCGCAUUGCCAGGGCAGUCGCAGUGUACAACAAUCUCACGUAGAGAGCAAACUAAAUGGCAACGACUGCGACAGCGUCAUCGAUUACGCCAAUCACAACGCAGUCAAGUACUACCAAGGGGAACAACAACAUCAGAAAUAUUUGAAUGGUAAGGGCGUAAAUUGUGAAGGCACAAAGUUCGAAUCGUCAUCGACGCUUUCCGCUACCACCACAGUAGAUCUGUCGCAGGCAUUGGUAGGCUCCUCGCCCCCAAUUAAAGAUCAAAUUUCAUUGUUGUUUCCCAAGUGCAGGCCAAAACAGCAACAGUCCAACACUACAGUCCCAGUAACGCCAUCGGAACAUCAGACCCCCGGUGUGACACCACCAGCCACAGAUGUUAACACGAAUUGCGGCAACGUGGACCAUUCAAACAAUUCGGUGGCAACUACUUUAAAGCCUAGGUAUUACUCCAAGGGAGCUGCAACAGCGCCUCUCAACGGUUUUGAUUCGGAAAGCAAGGAGAAGGUGACAUCCAAUCACUAUUACCGCAGUGUGAAUAUCAUUACUCAGUCACCGCCACCACAUAGUGCGUCAUCGAUAUCGUCAGAGUCCUUGUCAUCGGUUACGCCACGCAUUUCCACAAACCCUUUUCUGUGCAAUACUCUCCUCACUCCGACUGCCGAAGCAGAAGAAACACAAAAGCGACCCGCUAUCAGAGAAGACAUCGCGGCGGAAGACGACCAAAAGCUGCAUAAUAAAGACGUACAACAAAAAAGUCACUCUAAUCUUAAAGACAACGGCGUCGAGGACGAAUUGCCAGUGCCUAACUACGAACCCUUUUGCUACCACAACUCGAGUCCCAAGAGUAAGGAAAAAUCAGCACCACGCCAGUAUCGGGAUUCAGAGCAAGGACAUCGCGAAUCGCGUUCAUACAGCGAUAUGCCGCGAAAACGUUCUCAAUAUGAACGUUUUCAUCAUAUGAAUGGCCAAAACUAUGUGACGGAAAAAUCCUACAACCAUAUAAACCACACUGAGCCAACACAACAGACGAAUAGCAGCCAUCAGCAAAAUGGUCAUCCGAAUCCUAAUCAAAAUCCAUUCGUCAAAGACAAUAACUACUGGGAGUCGUCGCGACAGGGAAACAAUUCCAAUACCACACCCACUAGUACGGUUUUGAAUUCGCCUGAGUAUAGCGGCAACGGCGUCACGGAAAACGAACCCAAUCGGCCCCAGCACAGACGGUCCAUAUACCAGCAACAACAGGACCCAUCGCAGCCUCAGCAGCAUCCUCAACAGCAAACCUCGUGCUCUUACAUGGGUGGUGGGCGCCAACACAUACGCCUGGGUCGUAGUCCCAACGGUGAAUCUAGUUAUGAUGCCACCCAAAAACGCAACAGCUACAAUGCUUCUCAAACACAAAACAGUCAAAAUCAAAAGUCACAUUCCAAUGCCGAAGCGGGACAUAAGACUCUGGCCCAACAUUAUCUCUAUGGAAGUAAAACUUCGCUGCAUGAUCACAUACCCAAUCAGCCGACUGAAUGGCCUGAAAAACGCGAGUCCCAUGAACGUGCGUCCACCCUCAUGCGAGAACGGGAUCGUGAACGUGAGCAACGCGAACAACGCAGCAAAGCAGAGCGUUAUAUUAAUGCUGCUUUAGUACGGGAAUCGGUGGGUGAGGCGAAUCCUCCCACAACUUUAGAAUUACGUGAUAGACGUGACCGCGAGCGUGAACGCCAAUCAUACCAGCAGCAGCAAUCGCAAAAAUAUCAACAAAAGUCCUCCUCAAAUCAGUAUCACCAGCAGAGGGCAGCUCAACACCAUCAUCAACAGCAGCAACAACAUAAUCAGCCCCAGCGUCAAUUGACGGAGGAACGUUUGUCCACCACAAAUGAAGUGAUAUUCGAUGACAUUACUGAGAAUUGGCAGAAUUUACGCGUUACAACCGACUCAUCGCAAAUCAACCACAAUCGCAAUUCAUUAUUAGCGGAAGUAAAAAGCCACAAUGACUCCAGCAGUAAUACAACGUCCACUACGACAUUAACUACAUCGUCGAAUCUUUUGUUGAGCAGUGUACCGAAAAAGUCCCAUUUAUUGGUGGCAGAUGUUAAAGAUGACAAACUCCAAAGCCACUCACAGAUACAGGCACCUAAAUCGUCCCAUCAUGUGCCGGCGAACAAUUGCGAUGUGGACUUGUCAUCGUCGCCCUCCUAUCAAGAGCACAAAAAGUACUCAGAAAAAAGUCAUGGAAUUAGUGUAGAAUCACGUCAUGGUAUUAUAGAAUACGAAGGUUCCCCCAGACGCAUUGGACAAAUGGGCAACACAAAUAACGAUGAGGAUCAUCAUCACCGGGUAAACAGUGGUAAAACCCAAGCAAAUGUUGCAAAUAAAACCAAUCAUCAUAAUGUCAUCUCCACCAACCCCGCCUCAGGGACGGCGGCAGCUAUGGCCACCACACCAGCGCCAGCGACAGCAAAUGUGGCAAGCAAUUCUCCCAAGCAGCACUAUGCGGCCAGACCAGGUUUUCCACAGCGUAUCAUAUCCCCACAACGUGAGACAACUCCACCGAUUAUGCUGCUAAAUUACAAUGGCAAAAGUCAACAGCAGCUGCAGCAGCAACACCAUCAGCAAUUGAAUUCCCAAUCGUUGCCUCAACACCACCAGCAUCAGUCGCCAACGAGGGACAACAAUGCCGAAGAUACCAGCAAUGAUGUAUCGGAAAUUGGCACAAUAUCUGACCUGGCAACGCCAGAGGCCAUUAGCCAUAUGACAGCGACGGCGGGUGGCAUACACAUGGGAACGGUCGGCGGCGGCAGCGGUGGCAUGUGCGAAAGUCGUGUCUCCACAUCACCCUCGCCACCAUUGCCAUCCUCAUUGGAUAUAGAAAAUGGUUCGGUGUCGGCAUCAGCCACUACUGCAGCACCCCCGACUGCCACAACAUCAAUGACAGUCAGUUCCAGCUCAUGCGGCACCCCUUCGAGCAAUGCAACCACAGCGCCACCCACCAACACUUUAGCCUUGACGACAAUGACAUCCUUAAACAAUGUUGCCAACACGUCGGCGACAUUAACGACGUCCAAUGGUGGUGGUAUCCCAGUGGCAGCAUCAACAGCUCCUGCACCCGCUACGCCAACGAUGGGCGUCAUUGUCAGCAGCAACCCCUUGACUAUACCCAGCAAGUCAUCAACCUUUGAUUACCUUUACGAAUUCUCAGAAACGCGCAAGGUACUCGAAGAGUUUUUCAAGUGCCCCUCUAACGAUGACAAGCCCAUCAUAGAGAAUAGCAGUGAUGUCGAUAGUAUCGACAUACAAUAUGAAUUCCACAGCAAUCUCACUCGUGGUGACAUUGAGGAGGAUGAAGGCGAUGGCGAUGUGGAGGCCGAUGACGAUGAAGAUGAAAUCCAAUUGGAUGGUGACAAUGACGAGGACAUUGAGAAUAACGGUGAUGGUGAUGCAGAGACGCCCCAACACCACCAACAACAGCAGCAACUGCAUGGACACAAUCAUCAGCAGCUGCAACAACAAUUGCAUCAACAGCACACACAGAACAAUCAUCAUGGCCUAAAUCAUCAUUCAAGUUUUCGAAAUCACCUCCAAUCGCCCACACAAUUCACCUAUCGUCCAUAUAACGAAGAUGAUGAUGACGAUAUCGAUCUGGACAAUGAUGGCGGGGUGGGUCACCACGAGGAUGGCCAACACUAUCAGGAUAUCCACCAACAUCAGCAACAGGAACAACAAGAGAAUCAUCACAAUUUCUCAUUACUGAACAAUCGCCACAGCAAUAGUAGCAGCACACGCCAGCACAACUCACGGCGCCACUUUACUGGCAGCCCAUUGAUGCGCGAUUUUGAUUUCUUUUUGGACUCGGCAAGUCGCAGUAGCUGCGAACAAAUAGAUCAACAAAUCGAUGGCAUCAAUCACAAUCAAAUGAAUACCGGAAAUCGACAAAAUUAUCGCUACUCCCCAGAGACAACCGAUUAUGAUUCAAAUUGUGGUGAUUUGGAUAGUCUCUCGGGUGAAAUGAAUGGCGGCGUAUCUACUUCCUGUUCCAAUUAUGCUAAAUUCUAUGCAUCAAGCAUGCCCGUGCUGGAGGAUGGUCUUUCCUCGGGUCACACAUCUGACACCGAGAACAAUAAUCAGAAUAAUUUGUUAAAUCAACAAAACUCUGGCAUACAUCACACGCCAAUAGGUGGUGGCAUAUCUAUGUUGAUGGAUAUGAAGCGGGUCUCCACCAACAACAGCAUUAAUAGCAACAGUAACAGCAAAGAUGGCGUAGGCGGCAGUGUAAGCGGCGGAAGUGUGGCUAAUGAGAAACAGAAUGCAACAAUGUCACCUAAUAUUCUGCAUGACUCGUUCAUGCGUAAAAAUGAGAGCCCCAUUAACGGGUUACUGGACGAGAGCAUGCGCGAAGUGGUGCGUGUUAAGCCGGACAUACGAGACACACGGGAACGAGAGAUAAUAGGACAAAGUCCCAAUGCGAUGAGCAAUAACAAAGUAUUCAAAAAUAUUGAUCCUGACUUGGAUUCUUUGUAUUCGAUAAGUGUGUUUCAUCGCAAUGAUAUGGUGCAAAUGACUCCUCCACCCCCAGCUCCAGCACCACAUCGCAAGCCCAAUGUUCUGUCAGCUGAGCCUGAUAUUCUGCAGCCCACACCGUACAGGGACCUGCGGCCCGGUACUAACAAUUCCAAUUCACCCACUAAAACCAACAUUACUGCAACUACUUUGACCUCUAGCAAUAGCAGUAGUAAUGCUAUGCAGAACAACUCUCCGACGCAACAAGCUCAAAGUAUAAAACGUGCAGCACAACAACAACAACAAGCGCCACCACCAUUGCCAGAACGUAAUGCACCACGUUCCCCAUCGCCUGUGAUGAAUUCCCCAGUGUGGCUCUCACGCCAUCUAGAGGUUAGUUCCAACAAAGGCCUUUUAGAAUCGCCCUCAGAAAACCAUUCAAAAAAUCUGAGCGCCGAUGAGGAUGAUGUAGAUACAGACUUGGAAACAGAUCGCUUGCUUGGUCACCAACGCCUCGAUGACCAGGGCUACUAUGAUGAGAACAAGACGUGGGAUCGGAAACCUACGAGAUCGUUACUCUCAAAGAUCUCUCCCAAGCAGGUGCCAAGCACCAAAACUCGUAAUGGUUACAAUGCCUUACUCUCGUCCACUCCGGAAAUCCCACCGCCAGUUCCGCCAAAAAAUUCCUCCAACAAACUUUUGGACAUUGGUGGUUCGAUUUCUUCGCCGGAGCACAGUGAUAAAUCGCCCAUAAAGUCUAUAGACAUACAAGAUUGUGGCCUCACUCUCGGCUCCCCCGGCGGUUCAGUGGGUUCCGGCCAAAUGAAAAAGGACGAAAUCGGAGGAGGAGGCCCAGCCAGUGGCAAUAGCAGCACCGCCAGCGGCAACAUUGUGAAUGGCGGCACGGGCAACGCAGGAGGCACCGGCAGCAGUGUUGGAUCCGGUGGCAGCACAACAGGCGAGAAAAAAGUUAAAAAGAGUAAGAACAAAGAAGGCGGUGCAGUGCUGAUCGAAGGUGUCCUCUUCCGGGCAAAAUAUUUGGGCUCCACUCAGUUGGUGUGCGAGGGCCAACCCACAAAAUCCACCCGCAUGAUGCAGGCUGAGGAGGCAGUAUCAAGGAUAAAGGCACCUGAUGGUGAUGUGCAACCCAGCACAGAGGUGGAUCUGUUUAUAUCCACUGAAAAGAUAAUGGUCCUAAAUACUGAUCUCAAGGAGAUUAUGAUGGAUCAUGCGUUACGCACAAUUUCCUACAUAGCCGAUAUUGGAGAUUUGGUGGUAUUAAUGGCCCGCCGCAGAUUUGUGCCUCAGGACAUCGAUGAUGCCCCCAAACCGAAUCGAACGCCCAAAAUGAUAUGUCACGUCUUUGAGAGUGACGAAGCCCAAUUCAUAGCCCAAUCGAUUGGGCAAGCCUUCCAGGUGGCCUACAUGGAGUUCCUUAAAGCGAAUGGAAUUGAAGAUCAUCGUUUUGUUAAGGAAAUGGACUACCAGGAAGUUCUCAAUAGCCAGGAAAUUUUCGGCGAUGAAUUGGAAAUAUUCGCCAAGAAGGAACUACAGAAGGAGGUGGUGGUGCCCAAGGCCAAGGGCGAAAUAUUGGGUGUAGUGAUUGUCGAAUCGGGUUGGGGCUCUAUGCUGCCCACUGUAGUAAUAGCGAAUCUUAUGUCCUCGGGCGCAGCGGCUCGUUGUGGUCAAUUGAAUAUAGGCGAUCAGCUGAUAGCCAUCAAUGGUCUAAGCUUGGUUGGCUUGCCAUUAUCCACAUGCCAGACUUAUAUAAAAAAUACCAAAAAUCAAACUGUGGUAAAAUUCACCGUGGUGCCAUGUCCACCUGUGGUUGAGGUGAAAAUCAAGAGACCCGAAACUAAAUAUCAACUUGGUUUCAGCGUGCAAAAUGGUGUGAUUUGUAGUUUACUACGAGGCGGUAUUGCCGAACGAGGAGGUGUCCGAGUGGGCCAUAGGAUUAUUGAAAUUAAUAACCAAAGUGUAGUUGCCGUACCUCAUGAGAAAAUUGUAAAUCUUUUAGCCACGUCCGUUGGAGAGAUUUUAAUGAAAACCAUGCCUACAUCAAUGUUCCGCCUAUUAACCGGCCAGGAGAAUCCAAUUUAUAUAUAAAUAAAUAAUAAACAAAAUUUAAAUGCAAACAAAUAUAUAUAUAUAUAUAUAUAUAUAUAUAUAUAUAUAUAUAUACAUUUAUAUAUAUACAAACAAAUGAAAAAACAAUUAAUUUUUAGGAGAACAUAUAACCAAACCUAAAUAAGUAAACCAAAAUUAUAUACAGAAAGUUAAAACAAAAGCGUAAACACACUCACACACAAACCAGUCAAGUAAUUUGCAACUCUAACUAGUCUAAAUAAAAAUUAAAUAAUUUACACUAAUUUAUUAAUGAAAGCUGUAACUGUCUCUUUCUAUUAUCUACUUAUACCUAUAUACAGUCCUCUUUAGAAUUCAUAUAAAAUAUUUAUAAAUUAAAAAAAAAUAAAAAUAAUAAAAGAAAAAUUUGGAAAAAGAAAGCAGAAGUUAUUGUAAAUCUUGAUCACAUAAUUAUAUAUGAUUUAUAUAUUAAAAUUAUUAUUAUAUACAAUUUAUAAAUAUAUAUAAAUAACUAUAUACAUAACUAUAUAUAUAGAACAAGAAUACAAUAAAAGAUGAUGAUAAAACUGUUAACUAAUUACUUGACUAAUGUCAAUAGCAGAUUAAUUGGAAACUUUUAGUAUUACAACAAAAUACAAGAACACCUCCCCACAAUAAGCUCCAAACCUGUCCUAGUCAAUGCGCUAUAUUGUCUUUCUGUAUUCUGUCCUAAUGCUAUUAAAUUAUUUACUCGUAUAUCCUGUGUUUAAUGACCACUAUAACCAAGGCUAUUUAUUGCAAAAACCGAUUUAAAACGAAACAAACAUUUAUGUAUAACCAAUUCUCUUAAAUACUCAGAAACUAAACAACAAAAACUACAAAAAAAAAUAUAUUGCAUAGACGUCCAUAUAUAGAGCUACAACAGAUCGACCGAACCCCCGAUUCAAUAUGAAAUGCUUUAGUAACAAUUUUGAAAAUGUAACCAUUUAAAUAUGUAUUAGGUAGUUCCGGUUCUCUCUAACAAGACAGACACUCUCACACACACAGAGAUACACCCACACAUGCAUAUACAUACAUUCCACACAAUAAAAAUUAUAUACACUUGUAUUGAUUGAUUCACUCACUGAUUCGUAUGUACUUAAACUAAUACCAUUAUCAAUAAUUGAAGAAAAAAAGGAAAUAAUAAGAAACAAAACCAAAAUUGAUAUGAAACCAAUAAACAAACACUCGCUUGAAUAAUGAAAAUAAAUAAAAUUAUUUGAAUUUCGAUUA